CGGGAGUUGCCAUGAAACCGAAAGCGGCUCCCGCCCGCGGAGGGGUGGUGGUGAGGAGGGGGGGCGGUGGCAAUAGCGCUGCCUCGCCGCCCCCCCCCCCCCCCCCUCCGCCGCCGCGCACGGAGCCGCGCCCCGCGCAGCCAGGGGCGGCCCCGCACCUUCCGGCGGCGGCGGCGGCGGCGGCCCCGGCCCCGCCCGGGGGGCAGCGAGCGCCGGCACAGGCAGGAUUAAUAUAGCCAAGAACUUGCACAUAAUUCAGUAAAACUUAGAAAAAAUAGGAUUAGAGUUUACUGCUAUAAAUGAGCGAUCAACGGGAAAAAGAAAGAUGUCAAGUUAAGAGGCUUUGACUCCUGUAACACCUAAACUGAAGUUGGCGCCGCGUUUCCCUCCAAAAUCUGUCGCACCCUGCUGCAGAUGACAGCCCUCUCGGGAGCAGCAGCCUGCUGCAAGCGGUAGCCGAGGUGGUGCGGCCGCCGGUGAAUAUCUGAAGGGAUUCUCCCUGUGUCUGGUUCCGGGUGCAGCUCCCAUGGCCUGUGACGAACCCGCUGCUCUGUCAGGCAUCUUCACACGCCAGAACUCCACCAGCGCUGUCUCUCUGGACUUCGAGCCUGAUGCCGACUACCAGUUUGUCGAAACCUUAGAAGACCGGUACAAGUGCGCCUACUGCCACCUCGUCCUUCGCAAUCCCCACCAGACGGGAUGCGGGCACCGAUUUUGCCAGCAGUGCAUUCUUUCUCUGAGAGAGUUGAACACAGUACCCACCUGUCCUGUUGACAAAGAAACAAUAAAAAUGCAUGAGGUGUUCAAAGAUAACUGCUGUAAAAGAGAAGUUCUCAACUUGCAUGUGUUCUGCAAAAACAUUCCCGACUGCAAUUCAAAAGUAAUUCUGGGACGAUAUCAGGAGCAUCUUCAGCAGUGUUUGUUUGAAAGCGUGCAAUGCACUAAUGAUGGAUGUUGUGAUCAAAUUCUUCGGAAAGACCUGAAAGAGCAUUUGAGCCAGCACUGUAAAUUUCGAGAAGAAAUGUGUCAGUAUUGUAAUAAAUAUGUGGUGUUAAUUAACAUAAAGAAUCAUGAGAAAAAUGACUGUCCUGAUUAUCCUGUGCCUUGUCUCCAAAACUGUUCACAAAUAAUUCUGAAAAAGGAGAUUGAAAAGCACCAUGCCGUGUGCCCUGAGGCAGAAGUGGACUGCCCGUAUAAGCAGUAUGGCUGUCUUGUAAAGGUUAAAAGAGGGAAACUUGCUGAACAUGAAAACGGUGCCCUGAGGGAACACAUGCUGCAGAUUUUGGACAAGAACUCCCAGCUGGAGGAACAGAUAUCUGACCUGUAUAAGAGCCUGGAAUGUAAAGAGAUUAAAAUCCAGCAGCUAGCAGAGGCCAUUAAAAAGUGUGAGAAAGAAUUCAGACAGUUUACACAGCUGUUUGGUAAAAAUAGCAACUUGAUGGUAAGCACACAGGCUCUGGCCAGUCACCUGGAUAAGUCUGCACGCCUGGAAUCGCAAGUGAAACAGCUAAUACAGAUGGCAAACCAGCAACAAAGUAAAUUAGACUUGCGGCCCUUGUUUGACACAAUUGAAAACGUGAAACAGAAGAUUGCCCUGAUGGAGACAUACGAUCAGCGCUUGGUUGUUUUGGAAGGUCAGUCCAGCAAACAUGAUCUCCAGAUCAAUAUUCACAAAGCACAGCUCAAUAAAAAUGAAGAACGAUUCAAGCUUUUGGAAGGCACGUGCUACAAUGGGAAAUUAAUCUGGAAAAUCACGGACUACAAGAUGAAGAAAAAAGAAGCAGUGGAAGGCCGUGUCCUGUCCAUAUUCAGCCAGCCCUUUUACACCAGCCGCUGCGGGUACAGGUUAUGCGCGAGAGCCUACCUGAACGGGGAUGGCUCAGGAAAGGGAACACAUGUCUCUCUCUACUUUGUAGUGAUGAGAGGGGAGUUUGACUCGCUGCUACUGUGGCCUUUCAAGCAAAAAGUUACACUUAUGCUUUUGGACCAAAGUGGGAAAAAAAAUCACAUUGUGGAAGUCUUUAGAGCUGACCCCAAUAGCAGCAGUUUCAAAAGGCCAGAUGGAGAAAUGAAUAUUGCCUCUGGAUGUCCACGCUUCGUGCCGCACACGGUCCUAGAGAACACAAAGAACACCUACAUCAGAGAUGACACUCUGUUUUUGAAAGUGGUUGUGGAUUUAACUGAUCUGGAGGAAUUGUGAAAAUUGCACCUGAUCAAUGUGACUGCUUUAACCAUUAAGAAAUGCUUUCCUGGUGACUACCAGCCAUGCAAUAGUGAAUUGCCACUAAUCAAGCUACUGAUAAUGUUUCGAGGCUUUUGGACUGUGUAACAGAUAAUGAAUUGCCAAAGCAUCAGCCUUUCCUUUUUUAACCUUUUUUUCAAGACUGCAUUUUUAAGGCAGCUACAAGUCCAGUUUGAUGCGAACAUGCAUCCGAUCCAGGCUUGGCUCAGUCCAGGCUGGGGGGAAUGCUUGGCUCCCAUCACCAAACUGGCAUUUGGAGGUGAAACUCCUCCAGUAAGCCCCCUGACGCCCAAGCAGGCCUGUGGGCUCCCCUUCCCCACACAGAACUGAAGCCAUGCCCAAGCACGCAAGUGCAUUUCAUCCGUCUGAAAUGGAAACACUUCAACAUUAGCACAUAUGAAUCCAUGUACCUUGAUCCCUCCACCUCCCUCCUGGAUUUCUGAAGCAGGGAGAAUGGCUUCAGUCAGGCAGGGAAAACAUUUGCCUGGGAUUUUGCAUCUUUGGUUGGUUGGUUGGUUGGUUGGUUGGUUGGUUGGUUGGUUGAACUGUUUUUUCCAGAAAGCCCAGAGGAAGAUGUCAAUGCCUCUUACUAUUCUAGCCUGGUAUUUCAGCUGUAUAGACUACCCCCAGGUCACAAUAACUUUGUUAUGUCCUUUCCGUUCCUGCCUAGUGCCUUGGGACUGAUUUCCAUUGGUGACAACCAUCCACAGUCCCCAUUUGCAGUCAAAAGAAGCCGCAGGUGCUUCUCACCUCUCAGGACAGGGCCAGAAGCGGGGUACCCGGCCAGCCUGCCAGCUCCUGGCUGCAUUGCUGGAAGAAGCGGGGCAAAACUCCUGUACUUUUGCUCCCAGAUCUGCACAAAAGAGAUGUUUUAUGGCCCACCAGCUCUGCAGAAGGCAGGAAGAGCUUUGGAUAUCUGCUUGAGAAGAAGCCCACGCAACAUGCACCGUUCCCCUCUGCUAGAAAUGGGGAUGUUUGGGAAAGAAAGAGGAAAAUGGACUAGGGAGUGAGGUUGCUGUAAGAACCCAGUUCUCACAGGUAGUGCAGCUGUAGCAUUUGUUAUAAGGUGAGACAGCUGCUCAGUAACAACCACUAACUAUGUCUGAAGAUCUUAAAUUUUAUGCCAAGUUCCUUCUAAGGAAACGUGUGCAUUGUAUAAGGUUUAUUGGAGACGCACUAAAACCACCAACAUCAGGCACUGAGGAACAAGUGACAAAGAAUACACGUGCCUUUUUAAAGCCUUUUGGGUGCCUGUAAGAGGGGUGUCAUUUUGCACACUUGGUCAUUUUGUUAUUACAAGUGACAGAAUUUUGCGUGUCUCUCAUCUCUCACAGAUCAAGUAGCGAAACACCGCAACGUUAUCCACUGCUCCUGCAGUCCGCUGGCAGAGCAAACCCGGAGCUUUUCAAGAGACAGCAAGAAACCAAGCUGGGUUUAGACUAAGAGUAAACUAGGCAGGAUAAAGAUCAAAACAGGGCACAGACUACGAGUCAUAAGGUAGAAAAUCCAAGAGGGCAAAUGUGGCAAAAUCAAAAAUGCCCUUUCUGUGCUGGAUGUUGAUAUCAGCUGAAAUAAUAUGACUGGGGGAUUGAUACUAAGAUGAAAGCUAAAUACCAUAUUUUAUAUCUGCAGUCUCAUUGCUAGGCACUUACUUUCCCACAGGGUUUAUAGAGCAUAAUUCAGACACAAAUAUUUUCAAAUUUAGGGACAGGAGGGAAGAGACCUUAGUUAUCUGUACCUUACGGAGAGUUAGCCCAUCUGAAAUCUUUGUUUUCAUCUAGAUGCCCUUUUUGUUGUAGGAUGUCAGGACGUACUGGGCCACUGAAGGGGCUUUCCGUGUUCCCAGGGACAAACAGCAAGGGCCAGAUUUUAUUCUUUUGUAUAGCCAUGACUUAAGAGUCAUUUUGCCUUUACGACAGAGCAGAGAGAAUUAGGCCUCAUGUCCCUAACACUUUGUUACAGAAAGAGCAAGCUUGGUUUGAAAAUGGUGUGGCAUUCUAGGACAAUCCUGAGCCUUGGACGUGGACUUCAUGUUGAUUAUUACUUUAAUAUUUGUCAUGUAACUUUCAAAGUGGCACAACUUCCAUAGUAACCACUAAAAACUGACGGAAACGUACCACCCGUGUUGCCUGGGACUUUCCAGUACGUUGAGUGUAAACUACAGAAAGCGAUGAAGAACUUGGAGAAUCAAGGGAGACGAGAGGGCAAGGAUGUGGUCUGUAUCCUGGCAAAUUCCCAGCCCUCUCUGCCUCCACCACCCCAAGCAUAAAAUGGGGAUAAUAAUACUUGCAGAAGCGUUAGGACUAUUUAAAUGUUUGUGAAGAAUUAUGAGCAUGAAAAGAGCUAAGUAUUAUUAAAACUCCAUUUCUAAUUGUUAGAGUAGGUGAUGGCAUAGUGAUGUGGUUAAGUGUUUAGUGUAUUCCUGGACAGAUUUUGAAAGCAUGUUCAGUUUUAGCCAGUCCAUACUGCAAUCUUUCCUCUACCUACCAGCUGGGUUUAGGUUUUUGCCACGAAUAUUCCUUUUAAAAUUUGAAGCACAAAUGAUUCAUCCUGGGUGACGGAAACACCCCUUUUGAAAUACUGUUUUAUAAAGAAUUAGUUGAAAAAAUACAUUUUUUUAAAGACAACCUUCUUUAAAUUGGUUCUUUUUAUUACAACAAUUGAGGGAUUUAUGUUAAAAUUUCCAGCAAUUUUUACUACUUGUAAACAGGAUUUUAAAUUUCAUCCCAUUCCUAAUAAAGAAAAAAAAUGUUGUAUAGCAUGAAUUGCCGGGAAUAAUUUUGAUGUUGCAUGAAAAACACCAAAAAACUUUUCAAUAAUACUGUACUGGUUAAGUAACCAAAAGAGCAUUGGGUAUUUCUACAUCAGCAUACAGUAUGUUUUUAAUGUACUUAUUGACAGUUUGUAGUUGUUUGAAUAUCUCUUAAACAGGCAUUUUUCUAGCCAAAUGUCAUCACUGUAUAUGUAAACUAAUGUAAGAAUAAAUAAUUUUACCAUG